UCGUAGCAGAAGACGGUCGCCAUUUUGUGAGGGGUUUGAUCGGUGUCGUCCGCCAGGGAGCAGUGAAUAUAAGUCGAAGAGAUUCGUGUGUAUGUCGUAGAAGUUGGCUUGAAAUCUAGUCAAACUAGUAGUAUUAUUACAUUUUCGUUUACCGAUGGUGAUCUAGCGGUGUGAUAACAAAAACUCCGGGCUAUAGAUAAGGUACGAGCGUAUCUCUACCGUGGGAAGAGAAGCUCGAGAAGUAAGCGUAGUGAGAGUUUAUACGUCGGAGGUGAGAGACAUACCUAGAGAGGCACAAACGAGACCCUCCCGGAUUUCCAGCUCCUGAAAAACUCAUUGCUACUACGACUACGACGACGACGUCGAGGGUUGUGAAGAAAUGGACAUCGAGAUGAAAAGACAGGCUGGUUUUCUGCUCGCUUUGCUAUUUUUAGCCAAUUUUCUGACGAUCCAAGCAGACAGUAUCGACUACGUUGGUUCCUCAAACGCCCUUCUCGGUGUCACGUCGUGGGAAAUCCGGUGCCGGGGUUUGAAGCCGUCAGACAAGGUGGAAUGGACGCGAAACGGAGAGUCGAUAAGUCAGGAAAUCGCUGCUGGCGAGAUAAUGCAAUAUGAUGUAGACGCCGAGUCAAUGAUCAAUGCGACUUCGACCCAACUUAAACACCAGGGAGAAUACAGGUGUAUCAAGAACUCAAAAUACUCGCAGGACCUCAAGGUGCACAGUGAUUCGGAUACCGAAAUACCGAAAACCCCACUACCGCCGCCGGUGUCUGGAGACAUAUCGAAAGGCUUAUCGGCAAAUCAGAGUGAGCUGAUUUACGCAUUUACUGAAAAAUAUCUGGUCUUACCGUGUAAUGUAGCCUCGGGUACUCCGCGUGACAACAUUACAUGGACGCACAAUAACGCCACGUUGAAAGAAACGGAAACGUUGAAAUUUUCCGCGGAUAAAACGAAACUUAACAUCACCAAGGGAUACGAAGAGAACAUGGGACAUUAUACCUGCAGUGCAGGCAGCGGGAUGUCAACGCAAAUUAUGAAAGUUGUCCCUCAUCCGAUAGUGAAAUUACCGUCGCCGGAUACGAACGUCGUCGAGGGUGAAAAGCUGCGGUUGACUUGCGAAGUGACCCCAGAACUCGGCGCCGAAGUCAACUGGAUCUUCGUCAAUACCACCUAUACCAAGAGCACGGAACGCGUGAAUAUAACUAGCGAUGGAAAGUCGUCAACCUUCACCGUCUCCCAAAUACAGCAGGAUGAUCGCGGCAACGUGACUUGCUCCGUUGUAUUCGCCAGAACCAGCAACAACUUCACAUUCGAAAUGAAGACCUUCCUUAGAGUGACGAACAAGUUUGCAGCCCUUUGGCCUUUCCUCGGCAUCUGCGCCGAGGUCAUCGUACUUUGUGCCAUCAUUCUCGUCUACGAGAAGAAACGCAACAAGGCUGAACUCGAGGAGUCUGACACUGACCAGAGCCCUGACACCAAACCGACGCCGAACAAAGGUUCAGAAGUCAGGCAGCGAAAGUGAAUGAAAUUUUGAAUGGAGAAAAUUUCACAAAGAACAAACCGUGGACAGGAAAAAAAAAAAAAAAAAAAAAAAAAAAUAAUAAGAACAAAAGAAAAACAUGCGCGAGGAAGAGUAUAAUCGAAAAUUGAUAAAUAAAAGGAACGAAGAAUUUAGCCGGGUGGAGAGGAGAGGAAAAAAUAAAAAAAAAAUUACGAAAUACUAACGAAAGGGAAAAAAAAGUACAUACAUGCAAGAAGAUUGGAUAAUAACACGAGGAGGGAAGAAAAAUUGUACAACAUGCCGGAAGAAAAAUCAGCAAAUCCUUGCCAUUUGUUGUAAUUAUGUUAUGGUUGUUGUUUGUUUUUCUUUGCAUACUUUUUUUCUUUGUAACUAUUCAUAAAUUGUGGUAUUUCAUUUUAUCUUUUUGUCAUUCAUUACCGAUAUUGGUACAUGCAUUAUUUCACGUAUGAUAGCUUUGAUAGCUCUUCAUUUUUUAUUAUACUGUAAAAGAUGUAUAAUUUUAAAAACUAUGAAAUUUCGUUUUUCGCGAUUGAAUCGCUUUAAAAUCAUGCACAGCGAGAAUAAAUAUCAACUAAAUUUUGGAAUUGAACAGUGAAUCAGUGCGAGUUUACCAAAAUGUCGGAUUGUAUUUUGAUUAUCAACGAGGCGAUCUGUUUUUAAACAUUUCAAAAUGUUCUUUUUUCUUUUCUUUGUUUUUUUUUUUUUUUUUUUUUCUUCACAAUACAAACGCGCGUAAAUCCUUCUUACAAUUCCUAGAUUUUCGUAUCAUCUAUGUAUUAUAAUUUCGUAAAUUGCUGUUUUAAAAUUAAUUAUGUAUAAUCAAUCGUUAAUGACCAAUCAAGUUUUUAUACAAAAUUUGACACGGUAAUCGUUAAUAUUUCGAAGAUAUUUUUAUCACCGGGGCAAAUUGAAUUCCGUUACGUAAUCGAAAUGAAAUUAUAAACUGUCGAGUGACGGAGGCCUGCAAACACCAUCGGGAUCAUCAUCUCAGCGUUUCGCUAAUUCAGACACAUCUUAUUGAAAAAAAAAAAGAGAAAAAAAUAAAAAUAAAAACAAAAAUAAAAUGAUAGGAACAACUUUUGAUCUUAUUUGCGGUAUUG